GUACCUGAAGACACGAUUGAUAUUUAGACUGAAUGACGUCAUUAUAAUGAAAGAAAUUAUACCCGAAUUUAAAAUCCAAUACCUUAGGGUUUAUGAUUCAUGAGGAUAAAGUAUACUUUUAUUUGAUAGUCAAGGUACAGUAAAUUUGUUGAAUGCACCUAUUUGAAGUAAAAGUAGCUUAUUACUUACUUCUUACUUCGGUUAAUCUUUUUUAUUUUUAAAAAUAUAAUUAAUACCAGAUGUAAUAUAAUGUAGGACAGGACAUAAGGCACAAAAAGAAAACAAUAAUUCAACUACAACACGGAAGUGCUUGGAUAAACAUUAAUAAUUCAAAAUAGACAUUGGAAAAUCUAUUGGAGAAAUUGUUAACAGUUGAUCAACAAAUAUGGCUACCUGUUAUGAACUAGAGGUUGAUUCCGAAGCUUUCACGUGUCUUUGGCUGACACAGAAGUCGUUUAAUGAACAGCUUGCUAAGAAGUUCAAGAAAAUAACAAGCAUUAACGAGAUUGGUAGCAUUUUUCGUAAGCCUCACAUAAGCGUAUUGACUUUUUCGCAUGUUGAUAGUUUUGAUUUUAUAGUUGGUUGUCACAAUCAAUGUAAAAUUGUCUCUUUUAAAAAGAGUAUUAAGAUGUUUGAAGAUUAUACCAAACCCAAGGUUGUGGUAGUUUUAUUGAGCCCAACAAGAAAACAGGGGAUAUGUUGCCUCAGUGAGAAAGACUAUAAACUGAUACACAUUGUAGACGACGUCACUAAACAUCCUGCAAAUGUAGUGUACCUUGUUAAAGCCCCUGAAGACAACUCAAAAUACAAUAUAGAAGAUCUCGAGACAUUAAGCGAUGAAAUAAACUUGAAGACCAGUGGAAAGAUUAAAAAGAAUGAGAUAUUCAAAAAGAUAUUUUUAUCACAAGACGACCAACUUCAAGUUCGUAUUGGAGCGUGCUUGCUUGAUAGUCUUACUCGUAUUUUGAAAAGAGUUCAUGAAGAGGUGAACUUUUUUAAUGACUCAAUUAAAUAUAAAAUGACAGAUUUAGUACAGAAAAAAAAUGCUAAUAUCAACUGUUUUGAGAAAUUCAUUUCAAAUUCUGAUUUUGAAAUAUGCAAUUUGGCAUCACAGAGAUCAAAUCGUGUACAUAUAAGAGAUUUAAGUAAGCUUUUAACAAAGGAAAUUGAAAGUAAAUACUUACUCGUGGGAGGAAAGCUUUCAAAAGGCCGCACAAUUUGCCACCUCGAUAAAAAUAUUAAGGCUAGACUUGAUAUUAUUCUUAAGAAAAGAAAAUUAUUUUCGAGAAAAGUGUACCAUAAACUGUAUGGACGCACAACAAAGGCUGCAUAUACGACACUUACACGAAGUAUGACAAAAGAACGUUCAGUAGCCGAAGUCUCACCGUCAUCACAAGAAUUAGAAACAAAGAUGGGUAGAACACACUAUUGUUUGACAAUGUGUAGCAAUAUUCUUGUUAGAAACUAUUACAAAGAGAUAGCAAAAGAUGUUUAUACGGAGCUGCUUAAUUUUUUCAAAAGAUGUACCAAAGAUCUAGAAGACUUUUUGCAGAUAAUUUCAGAUGAACGGUCAAGGAGGGUCAACAGCUUAAAUAUUCAUGAGUGGAAAACAAUAGCGAUGAGAAAUGUACUCACUAAAGGGUUUGGAUGUGUUGGAAACAAUAUACGCAUUUACAUGAAAAAUAAUGAUGAAAAUGAGAAGACAUCUGUUUCCAAUUAUGUAAAGAAAUAUCUUAAUGACCCUCCUGGGAAGUACCAGCUGCAAAUUGAAUAUAAAGAACGCAAAAUCACUUUAUUCUCGAAACUCGAACAAGGAAGUAAAAUUAAUAAAAAAAAGAUUGCGACGCGAACUGAUAAGCCUAGACAAUACGGAUCGCUCGGAAUGUUUCUUGAGGACAAAAAUGGAACAUAUUUCUUUACUACUUGUGCACAUGUGAUUGGGAAAGAAGAGCAUGCAUAUUCGCCAGAUGACAAUUCAAAACUAGGUCAAAACGUUUUUAUUUACCAAUCAGAGGGCAAUGAAAACGACCAACAAAACCCUUACAUGGAUUUUUCGGUAGUUCAGGUGUCUCCAGAAAGAACCUUAACCUGCACAUUUGGUCUAAAAACGACUGGCGGUUAUUUCAUUUCCGGUCGAAUAUUCAAAGGGGACUUGUCAGAAAUUUUAGAGCGAAAUGUUUAUAAAUGGGGCGCAACAACACCUUAUUUAAGAAAAGGCAAGUGUGUUGGAUUUGAGGAUGAAGGCUCUCUUUUGUGUCUAACGGUAGAUACUAAAAAAUUUGCAGAAGAGGGCGAUAGUGGAGCCAUUGUUUGUGUUGGAGAAGAUGUGGACACGGGAUUAGCUGCAUUUGUUAUCGUUGGCGGUUCUAUUGACGAUUCCGAAUCUGCAAGUGCUUCAACAUACGGAAACAGCUAUUUAGUUUAUAAAGUAUCGGAUGCUCUUGAUAAAGUGUCUGAAAUGAGGCCAUGUUUGAUCCCAGGCAAAAGAACGAUUCCAAUAUCCUCAUCAGUUUCAGACUUAGAGCACCUCUAACCGUAAAGGAACCAAAAAUGCUGAAAGUCGUUAACACAAUUAGAAUAUGCAUUAUACACCAUUACACCAUAAUUACAACAUGUUCUAACGCCUUUUUGCCUUUCAAAUGUGAAACACCUAUGUGUCAGUGACUGCUUUAGAAUUUUCGUGAUUAGUUCCGUUUCUCAGAUUUUAUAAUCAACUUUGCAACUCUUUUCGAUAUGAGUGUAUGGUAAAAAAAAGUCCAUCUGACAGGAAUCAUCUUGACUUGUCCUCUUCCAUGGAACCUUGAUAUUGUUAAGUUCAUGUGAUACUUUUAGUUAUACCAUGAUAUUUAAGACUGUUCACCUAGAAUUCAAUAUCAAUCAAAAAGGCGACAGUAGAAAAUUUUACACGCAUGUUCUAUCGUUUUUUUUUUAAAUCAAAGGCCUAUUCAAAAAACAAUUCCAGAAAUUUUUUAAAGCUUUCUAAUUUAGAAUUUAGUAAAUUAUGAAUUACAUUAAAAAGUUCAUUCUUUAAAUCCUAAUUUGAAAAUUAACACACUAUUUGUGUUACAAACUGUUGUAGCAACUAAAGAAAUUUCAGUUAUAUCUCUUUUAAUAUCUAUUGACAAAGGUCUAUAGAUUCCGUCUCCUCACACAUAGUUUUCUUAAUUUUACCACUACCCUGUUGGAAGCAUUAUGAGUAAAUCCAUUCCUGUCUACAGCAAGUCGACCUCGAUAAAAAGGUUGGCGUGUGUAUGUGUCCACACAGUUUGCCAGCCAUUCUGCAAACUGUUUUUUAACUUAAGGUUGGUACCAUGAAUCUCACUUUAAUCAAUAAACACGGUGAACACAAAUAACUUUUAGGUAUUCUGAUGACAUAUUUUUUUUCAAUUCAGGAUAAAAAAUCUUCUUGUUCGUGUUUCGCUGAUAACAAAUAUAUUACCAUCACUAGCAUUUAUGAUGGGACUCAGUAGGAGUCAGAGGUUUGGUUUUGAUACUGUAAACCAACCAGUCCAAAAAUAACGCGAUUAUAAAUCUUCAUGAAUAUUCAAAUCUUGGAUCUAAGACGAUUAGGGUUAAACGGCAGAAAAAAUUAUUUUACAGUCCUUUUACUAUUGUCUACAAUAAUCAUUGUCUCUAGAUUGAAAAAAAAUUCAAAGUUACAGCUAUUUUAUCAUCUUUAACAUAGCACACAUCAUAUGGAUCUCAUUUAUAUGAUUUCAUUUAUGUAAUAAAGAUUUUAUCGCUUCUUAACUGAAUCAAACGAUGUGUAAGUAAAGUGCAAAAUACUAAGGAAAACACAUAAAAAACGCAAAUUUAUCUUGUAAUAAUAAAUGUAAACACUAUUUGUUUUAAAAAGAAAAUUGAAAGAAAGCUAGUGCUUAAAAC